UAUUUUAAUGAUUAAGUCGGUGAUUGUAGCUCGGUGCAUCGAUAUAUAGUACCGUGGUACUUGCAAAGAAUAGCUGCUCAAGUGGUGCACAUGUGCUGUCGCUGUGGCGGCAGUAGUUGAAAAAGAAAUCGAUAAGGGUGGAAUUCGAAGUUAGACAAAGUUAGAUCGAAAGCAUGGACGUCGAAAUUGGUCCAGGCUCUCCCGCAAUCGCUCUUUCCGCCUUCCAGCAAGCCAAUCCUAGAGCUAUGUACCUCCCCGCUAACACCGUUGCUGCUGCCGCUGCCGGGAUCAGUCUUCCACCAGUUUCCAUAUCCAAUUAUCCGAACCCCAAUUCCAAUGCCUCCCACUAUUAUUAUCAUUCCAAUUCGAACUUCACACAACAACCGCGGCAAUACCAACACCAUAACCAGCACUACACUCUCGAUGUCGGUGGAGGGAUGCGCAAGAUGCGCAAGAGGAAAGCCGAGUCUCAGGACAAUGAAAGACUAUCCAAGAGACUGAGUCUCCUCAACCUGGAGAAAAAUGGCAACAAACUCUACGUCCCAGUCGAGAGUCCGAAACUUAGGCCAACCGAAUGCGCACUGACGCAAAUUCCCGAGGACGACACAAUGCAACUCGACGACUCGAAGCACAAAGUGUACAUCUACAACCUCGACGAUGAGCUCUCUGAGAGCGAGUCCGACGGCGAAGGCCGCUUGGUCUUUAUACCGGAUAUAGAGAAGCACCUCAUGCAGAACCGCAUCCCGCCGUCCGUGCUAGCCAACAGCGACGGCGAGCUCGCGGGCAUGCAGAUGGUCCUGUACAGUGAACCUUCCUCCUUGACAGUUCCAAAGGAGCAGGACAGCGUCAGAAAAGCCAUCAUCGAGGCGCGACAAAGAGUCAGGGAGAAGCAAAAAGAGGAGCGAGAACAAGAAACCUCAUCCACUCCAAUUCCUGCAAAUUCACACUCAAUGUCGAAUGGGAUCCCCAACGAAAUAUCAAACGGUUUCGCAAAUCACAACGGGGUAGAAGCCAUUUACAACGACGACCCGGAUGCUAUGGAAGUAGACUGAAGGGACGAAACAAAUUAUAAACGCGAUAUACGGAGUUUGGCUUGUUCUAUAUACCCAGGCGAAUAGCGGGAACAUCUUAUUUCGACAAUUGAUCACUUGAAGGCGCAACCCGGAGUUUCACAUACAUGUUCUCUUAGCACGGAAUGCAGGCAAAGCGGUAUUCGUGAGACUUGGGUAUGUUAUCCUGCUUGCUCUGUCCUGUACUACAGGCUUACUUAGCAGCUUAAUAGGCUUCUAGUGUAACACAUCCAUAGGUCG